AUGAAGAUCAAUUUAACAGAUAAAAUCCCAGGUCAGAAGAACUAUAAUUUAAUACCAAAGCCAUUAUAUCUGGAGGUAAAACAGUGUAUUGAGGAUAUUUUAAAUCAAUGAUUUAUACGUAAAUCUAAAUGAGCUAGCUUAUUCUUCACCUGUCGUUUGUGUAAGGAGGAAGGACUGAACUUUUUAUUUGUGCAAUGCUUAUAGAGAACUCAGAUGACAGACUAUUUCGGAUCGUUUCCCCUAUCCAAAGUCCAAACAACACUCAAGAAUAUCAGAGGACACUCGGUGGUUUUCCCUUUGAUAUCAGAGAAAUUUUACCAUCAAGGGUUCAUAGAGACUCCUGAUCGACAUAAGGCAGCCUUGAUAACCCAUGGUGUCUCUAUGAGGGGUAAGAAUCCCUUUUGGUUUAAAAAUGCCCCUGAGGAUCUCCAACGAUUUAUGGAGUCAUGUCUACAGGGACUUCGAGAUGAAAUAUGUUUAUCUUAUUUAGAUGGCAUAGUAGAUUUUACCAAGGGUUUUGACGAACGCGUUUAACACCUAAGAACUGUUAUACGGCGUCUUCGAGAUCAUGGCGUAAAGCUCAAAGGUAGAAAAAUAACAUAUUUCGUCGAGAAGUUCAUUGUCUAGGUCGAGUUGUUUCAAAAUACGGAUAUAAAAUAGAAGAUCCAACUCAGGUACAAGCGGUUCUGUUAUUAAAGGGUAAACAACCCAAAACGCUUCAAGAGGUUCAACAUUUAUUAGGCCAUUAUUUCGCUACUACAAAAGAUACAUUCAGGAUUUUUCUGGAGUUGCAAAUCUCUUAUUCGACCUUCUGCAACGAUCAAAUUAACUAGUAACAAUAAGUCGAAAAUAACCAAAUAAGCAUAGUUCAAUUUUAGACCAAUUAUUGACGCGGAAUACGAGCGCUCCAAUUUCAGCAUAUCCAGACCACAACGAACCAUUUGUUUUACAUAAGGACGCAUCUCAAGAAGCACUCCGUGCAGUAUUGUAACAAGAACAAAAUAGUGAAAUGCGCGUCAUCGGGUAUGGUUAACGAAGUCUGACCUCUGCCAAUACAAACUAUUGCCAACAUUCGAUAAAACUCGAAUAUUUAGCACUAAAAUGGGCGGUGUGCGAACAGUUUCGCGCUUAUUCAUAUUAUACCAAGUCGUUGACAAUAUUUACGGACAAUAACUCAUUGACCUACGUGUUAACGUCUGCGAAAACGGAACACCGUUGGGUCGCAAAAUUAGCGGACCACAACUUUACCAUCAAAUAUAGACCUGGAGCAGCAACAAGGACGCAGAUGGCUUAUCGAGAAUGCCAAUGAUCAUAGAUGAAUAUAUGAAAUUGUGCACCAAAGAAACCUCGCAAGAUAGCACACAAGCGUGUAUGGUUGGAACUCAGACACAAGAACCGUGGAAUACUGCGGUCACAGCAAAUCCCGAGGUACUGAACACAAGGGAAUUAAUACCCGAAUUAGUUAACCGCACCGCAGCACGAGAACGAACGAAUAUGCUGGUAUCCAAAAGUUUUGGUCAAAAGCUGAAAUCUGAUUGCAUUGCAUAAUUGAUGCACGCACACAUCGGACGACAGUAAAGACGAGAGCGAACAAAUAUGUAAUUAAAUAAACAAGAGUUAAUUUGCAUAAAUGCAUGAUCAUGAGUCAUGAGAUUUUUUACAAAUUGAAAAACCCAAAGGGAAUAAGAAUAUAAAGUAAAGACGUACAUGCAGUUAUUUAUACUAAAAAGUGGACACCAUUGCAAUAAUAUGUAUAUAUAGCAUUGUUAAGAACUAAAAACUGAACCAUGCCUCCGAGACGAGUUAAACCCAUUCGAGAGGUAGAAAGGACCUUUUAAAAUACAAGAACAAUAUAGGCGAAAUGGUCCAGUUCGAGAUAUUGUUGUGAGUGACAUCGCGCAAGAUAAACUUUUUAUGAAUAUAUCCGACAACGUGCAAAAGCUGUAUGCCAAUACAACUCUUACUGUUGAGACAAGCAGGUCGUAGAACAAACCAAAAAGCCGCCCAUGCAACGUUGGCAAGUAAUGAGUUUAAAGCGUUGUUUCUCGAUCUCAAUAACAUUCAUCGACUUUGGGCGACGGUAAUACAAUGUCAUUAAUCCUAUAGCACAAAAGAAAUGAAUAAUUAAAAGUAACAGGAGUUUCAGACGUCGUCCAUGCUCUGUUGACGACGGCAAAAUCGCUCAUCAAAAUUGCUCUGAAGCUUAAAGCUCUGUUUUACUCGUUCUAAACUGUAUUAAAAUCAUACCAAAGUAAAUCCAAGACAAUAUUUCCAGUCAAUCAUUUACGCCGUCUUAGACGCAUAAACUCCAUAUUAUUUAGCUGCAUAAAACUGAGAUUUAGGACCUCCAUUUGAUUGUCCAUAUGCCAUAUAAAGUUGCGUGUUUCAUUGUAUAAUGUACUGUAUAAAGUUUCGUGUGACACAAGUUCAAAUUGAACUAUUUCCCAACAGGUUUUAACAAUAUAUAUAUAUAUAUAUAUAUAUUUGUUAAAUAACAAACUCUUUCUACCUUACCGAACUACAGUGAUAAAAAUAUAACGAUAUACAUAUAUAACGAUAUUAAGGGACCAAGCUCUUGAUUUGAUUUUUGGAUAAAUGCUUGGUGGUACAAAAUGUCUCGGUCUUGUUGGCCUAGGUUUAUUAACGUUUAUAUUUGUUGCUAAUGGACGCCCAUUUCGCGAGCAAGAUACUAGAUUUGGCAUAAACGAUGAUCCUGCUGAAAGCCAACCGUUUAACUUGGUCGAAAGGGAUGAAGGAAGGGCAAUUUUAGCCCCCCAUAUCGCUGAUCAUCGUGGAUCAACAGCAACACCCAAGCAAGUGUCAUGUUGUACGGAUAAUGCUGAUCCUAGUGAAAAGAUUGAUUGUGUACUAAAACUAAAUGCUUUAUACAAUUUGGCUCGUGCUGAACGGAUCUCCUAUGGUUCUCCUGUUGAUGAGCCUCAAAUCCGGGGACUAAACUAUUGGGAAAAUCGUCGAACAGACCUACAGCUAAGUUAG